UCUUCCAUCUAAAAAUCAAGGUGUUUUUUUGUUUUGUUUUGUUUUCUUUCCCAUAGGCUGUUUUCCACUUAGCUGCAGUAGAUUUAGUUCUGACACAGCAAUCUAUAGAGUUUGUUUUCCCUUUCUGUGGAGAUGAACCCAUACAGAAUCCUCCCAGUACUGUCCUAAAAUAAUGUUUUGUAUGACCAUUUUGGAUCUGGAAACUGAGGUUCCUGUAUAGGUGUGAACUCAGUGCCUCUGUGAGAUGCAUUAUUGCUAAAAAAAUUGUCCUUCACAGUCAUGAUGAUCUGCAAGGCACACAAGCACAUCACGUAGCCAAUAAUUUGCAGUCUGAUUCUUCUGAUACCCAACUAGCCCCCUGAGCAGCAGAAGAGAGACACGGAUAGGAAUGCCCACCCCUCUUCAAAACUCCUUCCACAUGAUGUCAUAAGACAUAGAAUAUCUCUUUGGCCAUUUUAGUUCAGCUGUUCUAGUUCUCUUUCCUCUCAGCUCCUUUGAUCCUUCUCUACUAAUGGCCUUGGCUUUGUGCAUCACUGCUAAGCCAUGGCUAUAAAUAUCAGUGUAUUAUCAACAUUGUUUUUCUCCUAGAACCAAAACAUAGCAUCAUGCUAGACACCCUGAAGGAAACAAUUCUAUCUCAGUUAAAACUAUGACAAAUUGUUAUCAUAUGACUUAAAUACCAAAUCAGCAGCAUGUCCUGCAUAAAUAACUUGGAGGCAGAGAAGGGAAAUAGGUGCUAUCUGAGUACUUCUGCUCUUAGCUGCUGAAACAGAGACGCCAGACAUGCUCAUCCUCAUUGGCAAUCAUCAAGAGCCCUGCAGCUGUCAUCUUCUGCAGAGAAAGGAGUUAGUUGUUCUGUGAAAUUGUAGAGAGUAUGCCUUUCAAGAGCCUACAUUAAAUUUAUGAUUCAUCUUUGAACUUUAGCUCUGUGGGCAAUGUUAAACAUUUAGGCUUUUCCUUCAACAGACUGAUAGUAUUCAGAAAGGGACAUAGAGUUCAGCACUUGAAAACAGUCUGCAAGAAGGAACAUCCUAAUGUGUCGUUACUCAGUUACAGCUGAGUUAACCCAGCAGAGUUAAUUUCAUUUUUAAAGACACUGCCUGAGACAAAAAAACUUGCCUGCAAGUGAUUUCUCCAGGUUAAGAUUUUGUGGGCAAAGCUUAACCUUAAUGUAAGUGAAAUAUUCCACAACAAAGUAUAGAAGGGAACACAAAUAGAUUGUUCAUGAACAGCUGAACUAAUAGACCUUGUUUCCUACCAUCUCAUAUGUUCCCCAAAUCCAGAGCUGUACUUAAGUCUUCUCUCUUCAUGUUUCCAUGCCGUACUUCCAAUUAUUUCCAGGUCAAUGUGUGGAGGUCUUUCUUUUUCUUCUUUCUUCCUUCCCAGACAGCUGGACAAGUAGUAGCACAUAGGUUGGCUGGUUGAGAGCAGUGGCAGUGUUGACUCCCUGCCUCAUACUCAUAGUUCUCCAAUAAAGUAUUGACAGAAGGCUCACCUGAAGGUUCAUCUUUCAUCCCCAUAUUGUCUUUGAACCACAGAAUCAUUAAGGUGGGGAAAAAGACACUGAGAUCUUCUAGUCCAAUUGUCAACCUGUCAUCUUCAGCCUUAAUUUCAAUUUGCUGUCCCCAUUAUCCAGCCAGCAUUUCUUAUUGCAUGUCUAGGAUGUGGACUGCACCAUAGGCAAUUGGUAAUACAGAAACAGUGAGGACAAGAGGUUUACAGAGAGACAGUAACACCUCAUUGACUGUUUCCUUAGGAAAUCUGGCUAAUAGCAAGAAAGGUACUCAGAGGAAAAAAACAGAAUUGUUGUAUAAAUAAACACCUUUUAAAAAGUAACCUGUAUUCGUAAGCCACUUACAAGUAAGUACAUACAAAAUAAGGCUCUGGUAUUGAUAAUACAGUAAUAUUAUAUGGCAAAGGAAGCUGUAGCUUUAAUAUGUUAGCUAAGCGUUUUAGUUCUUUACUUAACCAAGUAAUGUGUGAACAUUACAGCCAGUUCUGCCCAUACUAACAUUUGCCAGUUUUUAGCUACAUUACCUGGUUUAUUAUUAGAGUGGUUUAAGAUUCUUCCAGCUCGGAGUUCUGCCACUGCCUGUAGCUGGGAGGGCUGAGCAGGUAUAUUUUUUUGUCUGAGCAACAUGCUAACAUAAAAUGUUACUGAUAAUGAAUAAUAUUAGCAAUAAUUAAUACAUCAAGCUAUGAAUUACCCAGGAACUGUUGCUUAUGGAUUGGUUAUGUAAGACUUCUUGAUUCUGUCCUACCUGUGCCAACUCAGGCCCAAGUGGUAAGUCCUUGAGCUUCUCGUAUGCUUUUGUUUCCUCUGCCGACAUUGAUUUUUGUUGUUUCUCUUUUGACUCUUUAUGACCUUUAUUUGUCUUAAUUGAACCUCUUAUAGAUGUAAUCUUCCCCUACACACCAGUUUCCUCUAACACCCAAGUUCUCAUUUCACCGCUUCAAGAACGCUUAAUUUCUCAUGGUGCAUCUCCUUUGCAUCCUAGUGUUGUUCCCAUAACUCCCAUAUGCCCCCUGGAGGUUAAAUAAUUUCCUCUUUUGUUUUUGUUUUCUGCCUUGUCUUUUGACAAGGUAAAUUGAUAUUUGAGUAGAAAAUGAAAGAAUGAUGCUGACAUUCUGCAGGCUGCUUCUUCCUUAGCCUUAGGUCCUUUUCCAGUGUGGGUUCAUGCUUACCUGAAUCUCAUUGCUCUCUAAGUGGCUUUGCUGUAAGUUUAUCUUAAUAAAUAGAGAAGGAAGUGGGUCCCACAACAGAUUUAAAGCAUUGGUUAGGAAGGAUCUUUUACAUUUUUGAAAAACAAUGGACUGAGACAGAAUUACACUAGCAAAAUAAAAUGUUUCAAUACAGUUUGCUUAGCUCCAGGACGGUACAAGCUGUACCAGCCAGAGCCUUCUUUUAUCACUAUGAACUGUCACUAUGCCCAGUUUUGCCAGCAGGACUGCUCCUCCAAGCUUGAAUAACAUAGAGAGAAUUUACGGUUUCAUCCCAUCAUACUGGAUAUAUUUGACUUUAAAAAAGAACAGACCAGCCUCUUUGAAAUCUUAUUGAUAAUGACAUUACUAUGUGUUUGGAUUUUGCAUGGAAAUGUACACAUCUGGAAAUUGCCUGCUGUGCAUACAGAGAUACUUCUGGAGAUGCAUUUUUUACCCUGUCCUCCCUAUUUGUCCCUAAGUAGCCUCACAGAUAAUAAGGCAACAGUUUCCACAGCUAACGACGAGAAGACUUGGAACCAGAGGCCAAUCAAAGUACCAUUAUUACGGGAUUGCAGUGAAAGAAAACUCACAGUAUUAUGAUGUGAUGUAUUCUAAAAAAGGAGCAGCCUGGGUCAAUGAAACAGGAAAAAAAGAAGUGACCAAACAGACAGUGGCAUAUUCACCACGAUCCAAACUGGGAACGUUACUGCCAGAGUUUCCAAAUGUCAAAGAUCUAAAUCUGCCAGCCAGUCUGCCAGAGGAGAAGGUUUCUACCUUUAUUAUGAUGUAUAGAACUCACUGUCAGAGGAUACUAGACACUGUAAUAAGAGCAAACUUUGAUGAGGUUCAAAGUUUUCUUCUGCACUUUUGGCAAGGGAUGCCUCCUCAUAUGCUGCCUGUACUGGGUUCUUCAACUGUAGUGAAUAUAGUUGGAGUCUGUGACUCGAUUUUGUACAAAGCAAUUUCUGGAGUUUUGAUGCCAACAGUACUGCAAGCACUACCCGACAGUUUAACACAGGUGAUCAGAAAAUUUGCAAAGCAACUGGAUGAGUGGCUGAAAGUAGCUCUCCAUGACUUGCCAGAAAACCUAAGAAAUAUCAAAUUUGAAUUGUCCAGAAGAUUCUCACAAAUACUCCGGCGACAGACAUCACUGAAUCAUCUCUGCCAAGCAUCGAGAACGGUGAUCCACAGUGCAGACAUCACUUUUCAAAUGCUAGAAGACUGGAGGAAUGUGGAUCUGAAUAGCAUUACCAAACAAACCCUCUAUACUAUGGAGGACUCACGGGAGGAGCACAGAAAACUCAUCAUACAAUUGUAUCAGGAGUUUGAUCACCUUCUGGAGGAGCAGUCCCCCAUUGAGUCAUACAUUGAGUGGCUGGAUUCCAUGGUGGACAGAUGUGUUGUAAAGGUAGCUGCCAAGAGACCGGGCUCUUUGAAGAAAGUAGCUCAGCAGUUCCUCCUGAUGUGGUCCUGUUUUGGCACUCGAGUGAUUCGGGACAUGACUUUGCACAGUGCACCCAGCUUUGGGUCUUUUCACCUUAUUCACUUGAUGUUUGAUGACUACGUAUUGUACCUGCUAGAAUCACUCCAUUGUCAAGAGAGAGCUAAUGAGCUAAUGAGGGCAAUGAAAGGAGAAGGAAGCACAGCAGAAAUACGACAAGAAAUUAUCCUGAGUGAACCAGCUCCUCCAACUCCCUCCCCAGUGCCGUUCUCCCCAGCUAAAUCUGCCACCUCAGUGGAAGUGCCCUCUGCCCCCUCACCUGUCAGCAACCAGUCCCCAGAGUACGGUGGCAUAGCAGCUACAACAGGGGCUAUGCAGUCCUACACGUGGUCGCUCACCUACACCGUGACAACAGCUGCUGGGUCUCCUGCUGAAAAUUCCCAACAGCUGCCCUGCAUGAGAAGUCCACACGUACCAUCAUCAUCUGUCACACAUCGGAUACCUGUUUAUCCCCACAGAGAAGAACAUGGAUACACAGGAAGUUAUAACUACGGUAGCUAUAGCAAUCAGCACCCUCAUCCAAUGCAGAGUCAGUACCCGUCUUUACCACAUGAUACUGCUAUUUCUGGACCACUUCAUUACUCUGCUUACCACAGAAGCUCUUCACAGUACCCUUUCAACAGCCCAACAUCAAGAAUGGAGCCCUGUUUGAUGAGCAGUACUCCAAGGCUGCAUCCCACACCCGUGACUCCUCGUUGGCCGGAGGUGCCGGCUGCGAACUCCUGCUACACGAGCCCAUCCAUGCACUCCACAAGAUACGGCAAUUCUAGUGACAUGUACACCCCUUUGACCACACGCAGAAAUUCUGAAUAUGAGCACAUGCAACACUUUCCCGGCUUUGCCUACAUCAAUGGGGAAGCCACCACAGGUUGGGCUAAAUGAAAAUGACUGGUAUCAGUGAAGCCCGUAUACUUAAGAAGAGUUACACAAACUUGAUCUUAUGUGGAACUUUACUUGGACAUUCCUGAAGGGAGGUGAAGAUGGAAAAGAUCCUGGGAAGAUAAAUGUAGUUCGUAACGUGGGCAGAUUGCAGAGCAUUAUGGCUGAUUGUUCCUGUAGCCGAAAAACAUUUCUGUGCUAUUCUAGACAUCUUUUUAGGCCAAUCUGUGCCUUUUCUAAUUCCAGCAUGUGGGCCAACCCUGUGUGAUGUCAGUGUCAGUGAGCCAUUCCCCCCUCCCCUCCUCUCCCCUGCUUAUUGACAAACAUUAAUGAGCCUUACAAACAAAGUACUGGAAUGGAAUCUAUUUAUGAUUUGUGUUAAAGGUAGGAAAUUCACUCUCAGCAGAACUCUGACAUCUGUUCUUCUUUUAAGCUUUCAGUGUAUUUCUUAAAAACCAUUCUGCCAAGUCAUCGUUUGUUCGCAUCACUUCUUCUACCUGGCUCCUUAAAAGACGUGUGUUGUGUAGAUUGCAGUUUACACCUAACUUUGUAUAUUGAUGCACCUUUCUGUUGAUCCAGUAACUUUACAAAAGAGAAAACACAUGUAGCAUCGAAUUAUACACUGCCUUAAUUUGACUAUUAUUGUAUAUGUAUUUGUGUUAACUUUGCACAAUCUGGAAAAAAAAAAAAUAAUCUAACUUCUCUGGUCAGUAAUGACAACGUUAAGAAUGGACUUGGGAACUGGGAAGAUAUUGGAUUCACAGCCACAUAUGUUAAAUGUGACGAUAUGAAGCAAUUAUGUAAAAAAAAAAAGACAAUGCAAACAUGAAUAUUCUUUCAGUUACCCAUUGGCAGAUAUGACAAUAUUCCCUUGAUUCCUUCAUGUGGUGAGAACUUUUACAAAAGUAAAAUUCAAAGCUGUGCCUUUGAACUUAUUCUGUACUGUGUAUGUGUGGAAAAAAUGUAUUGUAUUUUGGGGAGAACUUUUCUUAGACAUUUUCUGUCGGAUUUGUAGCUAUUUGUGAGUUUUUGUUAGAUUUUAUUAACAUAGCUUUUUCUUCUGUAUUAUAAAAUGCACCAAGCAACUGUGGUGGACUUAUUACCCUAUGGGUAAGAAAUAAAUAAAUGGAGGUAUGACAUCAGACAUUUUAGCAAUUGUUUUGUAAAUAAAAUCUUGGAUAGCACUCGGUCUGAUAAUAACCACAUUUAUGCCUGCAAUGGACAUAAGUGUUUGUACAGUUGUGCAAGGUAUAUGAAGGAUUUUCAUGCUCAAAUAAAGUUCUUGAAAUCGAGUA